AUGGCCUCUCCACGCUGGGGCGACGGUAGAUCUCGCCAUCAAGGGGCGGUGGCGGCCUGGCGCUGCAUGGAGCGGAAGCAGGCUGGCCACCGUCUGGGCUGCUGGCGUCUCUCUGUUCUCUCCAAUGAACGUCCAACACCACGGACUGCGUCGAUCUUCCUUCUUGUCUGGCGAUUCUUGAGUUCUCAAAUCAGCAGCUUUUAUGCGGUGGAUACGGUGGAUUCAGAUUCUAGCAUUCAUUUGGCAACAACCGCACCUCUCAUCGGAGAGCACGCCGAGCAGACGUUCGGCGGCGGCCGCGCGGGCGUGUGCCCGCCUGUAUGCCUCUCCACCUCUGCCUUGCAUGCUGGUACAUAUAUAUACUCAUUUCUUGAUUCUAUUUAUCUGAUCUUAAUACAAAUCACAAUCACGCAGUACAUGGCCUCUCUUUCCUUGGUUUCAUCGCCGGCGUACGUUGCACAGCACCAUGAAUUUUGUGACUGCGGGAGACGAGUUGAAGCCAAGCAACGGCAAGAUGGAGGAGAUUAG